UAACAAAGUCGGGAGUCGUCAUUAGUAUUUAGUGUUGUCACUUGUUUGUUGUUUAUAUUGUGAUCUGUGUUAGUGAAGAGCGUAGGCCAAUAGAACAAAUUUUAAGUGGGAUAAAAUUGAAAUGGCGACUCCAACUAAUGGUACUGGUAAUCUCGUGGAAGAAUUUGAGGAAUCCUUUCAAGCGUGUCUUAAUGUGCUGACGAAGCAAGAAGCGUCGCCGUGCGUGGAGAAGGAGGAGGUGAAGGUGGAAGUCGAGAGGUUCAUAGACCUGGCGCGCCAGAUGGAGGCCUUCUUCUUGCAGAAGAGGUUUCUGUUGUCAGCCAUGAAGCCGGAACUGCUGGUGAAGGAAGACAACAAUGAGCUGAAGUGUGAACUGCAGCGGAAGGAGGAACUCCUCAGGAGGCAUUACGACAAGAUCGGUCAAUGGCAGAACCUGCUGGCUGACUUGCAGGGUCACACGGUGUACAAUAAAUGCCAGCAGCAGAGUCAGCCUCAGCCGUUGCAGCAAGCGGCAUCUCCUAUGCAGCAGCCGUGCAGCGUGCAGCAAAGUGUUCAGGUGCAGCAAAUGGCGGCUGCCGCUGCGGCUCAGCAAGCAGCUUUGCAGCAACAGGCGCUGCAGCAGCAACAGAUGCAGAGUAAUCUGGCCCAAAGCAUGUUUCUUGCCGGAGGUCGUGGAGGCUACGGCAGUCCCUCGCUGCAAGGGCCUCUUGCUUACUUGGAGAAGACUGCCACAAAUAUAGAUAUGGUGGGCUUAGGGGAUGGACGGAGGUGACGCGGCCGCGGGAGGGGCAGGGGCCGGGGCCGUGGCAGAGGCCGAGGUCGCGGGGCUUCCCCUGAGUAUGGCGGCAGCAUGACACCGCCAUAGCAUCCCCUCCCGGCGCAGGAGUCCCCUGCGCACCAUCAAGUCACCCUCACUGAUCUGCUGGACACACUCCUUCUAUAACCCGGUCUCUAGUGAAAUAUCCACGCCCAUAAACUACAAAGAGAAAUCGAGUUAUUACACGCAACUAUAUAUAUAUCUACUCUAUAGCGUCUGGUAUGUCAAAAUUGACAUAACAUAUUUUUUAAAUAAACGAAUUUGAAUGUAUAGUCUGUCAAGAAUAAUUC